AAGCAGUUUGGCCACCCUCUUGUCUGCCUUACUUUCGUUAUGAGAAGAACAUGCCUCAGUUAGCUCUGGCCCAAGGAUAAAGCAUGCAUGAGCCCAGCCCUCAGCUUUGCCAAACUGCAGGAAGAGAGGGCAGUGAGAGAUCGGAAUCUCCUCCAGGUUCAAGACCAUGAUCAACCCAUUCUGUGGAAAGUGCAGUUUAAUCUGGGCAAUAGCAGUCGGCCAAGCAAUCAGUGCCGUAAUUCCAUUCAAGGGAAGCACCUCAUCACAGAUGAACUGGGAUACGUGUGUGAAAGGAAGGAUUUGCUGGUGAAUGGCUGCUGUAACGUCAACGACCCUAGCACAAAGCAGUACUGCUGCGAUGGCUGCUUGUCCAACGGCUGCUGCAGCGCCUACGAGUACUGUGUCUCCUGCUGUCUGCAGCCCAACAAGCAACUUCUCCUAGAGCGCUUCCUCAACAGGGCAGCUGUGGCAUUCCAGAACCUCUUCAUGGCCGUUGAAGAUCACUUCGAAUUGUGUUUGGCUAAAUGCAGGACCUCAUCCCAGAGCGUGCAGCAUGAGAACACCUACAGGGAUCCCAUAGCAAAGUACUGCUAUGGAGAGAGCCCCCCUGAGCUCUUCCCUGCAUGACAGGCAUGGCAGACUUGCCCAAACAUGGGUGAGGGCCCCUCUGAAGAGCUUGCCUUCUGGAACCAGACCACAGUGCUGAGGCUAGUCCAUUUGAAGAAGACAAAGGCAGCAUGAAGGAACCUUGGCUUUGACCACUGCACCACCACCGAGGCUUACCAGAUUGAACUCUUCUGUAAAGCAGCAUGGAACCUGUAUCCGGUCCCCUCUGGGAAAGACAUCUACAGGCCAAGCUCGUGGUGGUGCCGACAUUCUUGGAUGACUUGAACUUGGUCCUUGCAUAGGGAUCUGUGACUUGUGUUCAUCAGGGGCCAGGUGUUCACUUCCAGUUUUGAUCCAGGCCCUUUCACUGUAAAAUUAUUUAUUGAAUUUCUCUGGAGUAGUGGGACAAUUGUGUUUUAUGUAGGAAUAUGUGUUGCCGUUCUAGUUGAAUAUAUUCAAAGAAAUUAUUUUUGUUGUUCUUGUGUUCUUGAGUUUCAUUAGUUAAAUCAACCCUUCCUCAGAUUAAAUGUUUUGUCUUUUAGAAUGUG